GAUUUACAUAGAUAAAAUAAAAAUGGCUUUAUUUUCUUUUAAGCAUUAGACUAUUGCAAAAAAUUAAGGAAUUUAGGAAUGUUGUUACCUCAACUCAUUGACUCUCUGACACUUUUACAUUCCUAAAGUAGGUGGUGUAAACUUAUCUUGUUCUGGGCCAGCCUGGGCAACAUUUUUUAUGAAACAGACUGAACAACGUGGAGUAAUCAUCUCAUACCUUCAGGAAUUUUUGGGUAGAGAGUUCAGAGCUUCUCUGGAGCAUCUUUGGAAAAUUGCUGCUAUGUCAUUUUAACACCUAAGAAUGGAACGGAAGGAGGGAGUUAAGGCAAGAAUAGUUAGCAUUCUCUGAACCCCCAUUUUAGAUUUUUGGUUUUAGGCAACAAGGCUAGAAUAUUAAAGUUGCCAUUUGAAUUGGAUGUAGAAAUCAAUUUAAAUCCUUUGGUAGGCACAUAGUCUAGCACAUUGUGGAUGUCUCAAAGCAUACAAGCUAGGAUUUCUAUCUAUAGCUAUGUAUUAGUUUUUUGAAGAGGCUUACUUGCAGAAAUUAGUAUGUGUUUAGUAAGAGUAUCAGCUAAUUUUUUCCUGCAAGAGGCUUUUCAAUAAAAAUAAUGUAGUGUUAUCAAGGACCUAGAGCACUCCUCCCUUUUUUUAAAAAUAUUUGGAUUUUUUUUAUUGUGGUAAAACAACACCUAACAUAAACCUUAGCAUCUUAACCAUUUGUAAGCGUACAGUUCAGUAGUGUUAAGUAUAUUCACACUGUAAUGAAACAGAUCUCCAGAACUUUUUCAUCUUGUAAACCUCAACUUGAACUCCGUUAGUGGUGUGAAUGGGAAUCAAUAUGUGGUAGGGAAACUCUUGAAAAUCAGGCUUCCCCUGAGCCACAGUGCUAAAUAUUUAUUCACUGUAGUGUUGGUUAUAAAACAAAUAUCCUCUAGUUAAACCCAGAGGAAGAUGUAUCGCUGCUAUGGUGAGAAUGGUGAGAAAAUACAGGUAUUUGAAAGGACCAGUGCGCCUUUGCUGUCAUCUUAGUGGGCACAUGUUCUAGCUUGGCAUUGAUUGUUUCCUUCUUUCUGCCCACUGACUCAGUUGUCUUCUGUUAUCAGAAGAUUUUCCCAAAUAAAUACCUAUGCAGAGCUCUUCAGGUGUCUGUGUUUAUCUUGGCAUUCUCUCUGCUUUGGAGCAAGCUCUGGCCAUUCUGCCUCCUAAAGAAUGUUGAUUUUCCUCAGAAACACCCAGAUUUUAUAGUUUAAAGCAUAAAGCCUUUAUCAUCUCAUCAUUCAGCAUUAACCCUGUACUGCUGAUAAUGCUGCAUUUUCUAUUUUCAGUAAGUAUCACACAUGCUCAUAUACCUUAUUUCCAAAUGUGAUGCACAGAUGCUUGGGAAAUAACUUGAUAUAAAUAUCUGCCUUAGUGACAGUAUACCCGUGCUUCUGUCAUGUGUCCAUUUCUUAAGAAUUAGAUUUCCCAAAACCAAAUUCUAUUUUUUUUUGGUCCCCUUUACCUUGGUAUCAUGAUUCUUUGGGCCUCCUCCAUUUGAUUGCUUUUUCCAAUUUCUAUUUUAAAAAUAAGUCACUCAAGUCAGUUUAUUCAACAGACUAACAAUAGAGACUCAUGCCAUUGUUGAUUAGCAGAUUAAAAUGUGUAGGAAGUAGCUGAAUGGUUUAUACACACAUUAUUUCAUGCAGAUGAAAGCUUGUAGUUAUUAGACUCCAACUUUAGCGUUUUAUAGAUCUUUUGUUUUUCCCUCAGACUACGAUUUAUGAGUUAAAAUUUCAAGAAAAUAUAAUUAGGAUUAAAAGCAGAACAAAUCAGUUUUAGUUUUUAUAGCACCUGUUCUGAACUGAAGAGCAUAUAAACCCUCCAGAAUCCUUCAUUCUGCUGCUCCAUAAUCUAGAGUUAGGAAGAUUCUUAUGGAAUGAGAAAAAAUUGAGCUCCCUUUCGACGUUGUUCCUGUGGUCCCUGGCUAACUGGAUGGUUCUCUUGAGGGUGCUCACCUAUUUGCUGGGGACCUUGACCAUUUCCCCUCCCUGCCCUACAUCCCAAAUUCUGAGGAUUCAUUUUUAGACAAACUUUCUUAACUAAAAUGAAAAAAAUCAUAAUGAAGGAGAGAAAUUUUAAUUUUAUAUUCUUAAGAAAAGAAGAAAAGCAUUGAAACUGUUACAGAUGCCAUUUAACAAAAUUUCUAAGGCCCACUCAUUUCAGGCUGUAUUCGAGACUACAGAAUUUCAACAUAAGGAAAUAAUUAACUUGGAGUUUGUUUUAAUAGGAUUUUGGAUCUAUGAUAAAGGUCAGUUUUCAUGUUUGUACUCACUUAAUAAAAUGAAUUGUGCUUAUGUAUUUAUAGACGUAUGUUUAGGUAAAAGGAAAAUUUAGAUCCAUUCUAACUCUAAAUCCUUUUCAUCAGAUGGCCUUAUGUUUUCUAGUUUGGAGCGUAUUUAAAGUAUAGAUUUUUCUUGUGCACGUCAGGAGAGAAAGGCGGGAGAGAAUAUUGGAUGCAAGGUGUAAUGGAGUGGGGAAAGACUAUUACGCCGUCAGUAUAUCUCAUGGACUAUGACGAUGAUGUUAUCUGUGUACUUGUGUAUAUUCUCAUCUAUGCUUUUUUUUUAGAUAUGCUUUUUAUACACAUCAAAUUGUGUACUUAAAUUGUGUGUAUCUUUGCAAAUAUUUAUAUAUAUCAGUAUUGAACAACAUUUACUUGAAUGCUGGACAAGUUUUUUUUUUUUUAAUUAGAGAUACCUCUGCUCUGGGCGAGAGGACUUACAUUGAGACCUUGGUCAUCCAUUUUAGAAUGUACAAGCUCAAGAGAGGGUUUUGGAGUUUUUAAAAGAGUGAAUAAAAUCAUCAGUUGUUUCUUCUUUGGUGUUCUUUUAGUAAAACUUCUAAUGCAUGCUGUGGAUGAUUACUUAAUGGCUUGUAUAUCUGUUUCUGCCUGGUGGCAUGAGCCUUAUAGGGGCCAUUGCAUGACCGGUGUGUGCUAGAUAUUGUGUAAACUUGCCUUGGUCUCACUGUUGUCCACUAGUGUACUGGAUAUUCUGCUCAAUAGAAUUAGAUUGACGUACCCUAGAUAACCAGCUAUUCUACAUUGUGUUGUCAAUAGUUGCCAUGCAUUUGUCCCAAGUUAAAAAAAAAACAAAAACCCUAUUGCUUUAACAAGGAUGUAAUCAUUCUAAAAAAAAACCCCAACAACACUCUUACCUAUUAACUAAUAAAUGUUAUAUAUUCUAAAUUUUCUAUUAAAAAUCUCAUCAACAUUGUGUUCCAAAGUGUUUGCCUGGGAAUGGGAGCUCUCUGAAGAAAACUUUUCCAGGGGCACAUCUUUACCCCGACUGUAGAACCCUCAAAAAGUAGGAAUUCCUUUCGAUUUUGUACCCUGUUUGACCAUCAUUAUGUAUAACAAAUAAAAAUGUGUUCCAUUUGUGCCUCUAAAACAGACUCUUUUUCUCUAAAGGAGGGAAUAAUCUGAUUGGGCUGUUUUAGGCAUGACCACUGCUAUUGUUAAAAAGAGUUAGGAGAUGGAAGUCUAGAUAUGAAAAAUGUCAUAUCCUCUCUCAGUGGAAGCAAAGCUAUAGACAUGGUAUAAUAUGAAAUUCUAAUGGUAAUAAAUGCCUAGUUUAACUUGGUAAGAAUGAGAGCUUCACUUGGGUGUUCAAAUUAAAUCAGGAAGACUUUUUGAGACUCCUUUCAGGUAUCGCAGAGAAGGUCACAUUAAUAUUCAAGGCUAUAGAGUAGGUUAGAAUUUGAGGUAAAAAGAGAACAUGGUUUUACUUGUUUUUAUGCCAUUUGGUGAUAGAUUGUUGAAGCAUCUAACUUCUGUAGUAAUAGAUGCUCUUUAAAUGUAAACUCAUUUUUCCUGAGAAGUGGACCUUUACAUAUAUUUGGCAGCAGGACUACUCUGUUGACUGAUUGUACAGUAAUCCCUUUUGGAGGUAGGUAAAGGGUUAAUAGAAAUACUUUUCCCUCAGUAAAACAGAGGAGGUCACCCCGGAAACUAAUGAGCCACCUGGAAAUAGAACCUAGAAGUCUGGCCUGACAUGCUGGGUUGGCUGGGACUUCUACAAGCUCCUGUUGUUGAUCUUUUUGUUGUUGUUUGUUUUCCUUUUUUUUCUUUUUUAGUUUCUUAGUCGUUCCUCUUCUUUCCCCCCAAGUUUUCCCUCACUGAGAAACUCUUUACUUCUGCAAGUCUUGCCAUUGUUUUUGUUCAGUUAUACACAAGGAUAUUCAUUGUUCCUGGCGGGAGUCCUUCUAAAAGCCUCUCUGACUUCACUUUAAGAACUGUGCAGGUGAAACUCAGCUAUUAAGGAAUUUUUUUUCCCCUGACAAUAAAAAUGUUUGAUCUCAAGCCUAUAAGUUGGAAGGAGUGGCUCCUGCUGGGCUGGAAUCCUUGGAAUCAGUAUGUCGUUGGGCUGAUGGUAGGUGGGCUGUGUCACAGGGCUGAUGGCUUGUAUACCUACAGGAGGAGUUCUCUGGCCACACCGUUGGUACAGCAGCUCCUUCCAGGCUCAUUCAUGGAACAGGCAUGGCGGCAGUCUUGGAGAAGAGUGCCAGCCCCGGUCAGAGAAAAUGUCAAAGAAAUUUUUGGGCAGACUACUAUUCAUCACCAUAUCCCUUUUAACUGGGACUGUGAAUUUAUCCGGCUGCAUUUUGGGCAUAAUCGGAAGAAGCAUCUUAACUACACAGAAUUCACACAAUUUCUUCAGGAACUACAAUUGGAACAUGCAAGACAAGCCUUUGCACUGAAAGACAAAAGCAAAAGUGGCAUGAUUUCUGGUCUGGAUUUCAGUGACAUCAUGGUUACCAUUCGGUCUCACAUGCUUACUCCCUUUGUGGAGGAGAACUUAGUUUCAGCAGCUGGAGGAAGUAUCUCACACCAGGUUAGCUUCUCGUACUUCAAUGCAUUUAACUCCUUACUGAAUAACAUGGAGCUUGUUCGUAAGAUAUAUAGCACUCUAGCUGGCACAAGGAAAGAUGUUGAAGUCACAAAGGAGGAAUUUGCCCAGAGUGCCAUACGCUAUGGACAAGUCACCCCACUAGAAAUUGAUAUCCUGUACCAGCUUGCAGACUUAUAUAAUGCUACAGGGCGCUUGACUUUGGCAGAUAUUGAGAGAAUAGCCCCAUUGGCUGAGGCGGCCUUACCUUACAACCUGGCAGAACUUCAGAGACAGCAAUCUCACAGUUUAGGCAGGCCUGUCUGGCUCCAGAUUGCCGAGUCUGCUUACAGAUUCACUCUGGGCUCAGUUGCUGGAGCUGUGGGAGCCACCGCGGUGUACCCUAUAGACCUGGUGAAGACCCGCAUGCAGAAUCAGCGUGGCACCGGCUCUGUUGUCGGGGAGCUGAUGUACAAAAACAGCUUUGACUGUUUUAAGAAAGUCUUGCGUUACGAGGGCUUCUUUGGACUCUACCGAGGUCUGAUACCACAACUUAUAGGGGUUGCUCCAGAAAAGGCCAUUAAACUGACUGUCAAUGAUUUUGUCCGGGACAAAUUUACCAGGAGAGAUGGCUCCAUUCCACUUUUAGCAGAAGUCCUUGCUGGAGGUUGUGCUGGUGGCUCUCAGGUCAUCUUUACUAACCCUCUGGAGAUAGUCAAGAUUCGCCUGCAGGUAGCUGGAGAGAUCACCACAGGACCCAGGGUCAGUGCCCUGAAUGUGCUCCGCGACCUGGGACUCUUUGGUCUGUAUAAGGGUGCCAAAGCGUGCUUCCUCCGAGACAUUCCCUUCUCUGCAAUCUAUUUUCCUGUUUAUGCUCACUGCAAACUACUUCUGGCUGAUGAACACGGACACGUGGGAGGUAUAUAUCUCCUUACAGCUGGAGCCAUGGCAGGUGUGCCUGCCGCUUCUCUGGUGACCCCUGCUGAUGUCAUCAAGACAAGACUGCAGGUGGCCGCCCGCGCUGGCCAAACGACCUACAGUGGUGUCAUCGACUGUUUCAGGAAGAUACUCCGGGAAGAAGGGCCCUCUGCAUUUUGGAAAGGGACCGCAGCUCGAGUGUUUCGAUCCUCUCCCCAGUUUGGUGUUACUUUGGUCACCUAUGAACUUCUCCAGCGGUGGUUUUACAUUGAUUUUGGAGGCCUCAAACCCUCUGGCUCAGAACCAACACCUAAGUCACGCAUCGCAGACCUUCCUCCUGCCAAUCCCGACCACAUCGGCGGAUACAGACUCGCCACAGCCACUUUUGCUGGCAUCGAAAACAAGUUUGGCCUUUAUCUCCCCAAAUUUAAACCUCCUAGUGUUGCUGUGGCCCAGCCAAAGGUGGCGGCGGCAGCUCAGUGAUGAGACAACCAUCGAGUGCGGCAAAAUGGCGCCCUAGAGAGAGAGGCCUAGGAGAGCAGCCCCGUAACGCAUCCAGUCAGCUGCAUGGUGCUGACUGAGCUGAGGGGUCAAACUAUUCUUUCUAUAUGACAUAUACAUAUAUUUGUUUAUAAACUAAUCAUUUGCCCAGGAAAAAAAAAAUACAACGCAGUUUGAAUCUUUAGUUUUAUGUGUUGAAACGUUUUCUAAGCCUUGGCAUGAGUUACUGUCCUAGACUGCUUCGCACAGCUUGCACUUACAGUGACUGUACAUAUUGUACAUCUUUGUACAGAGACAUCUUGGCACCUCAUCCCGACAAAUCACAUUUAUAGAAUGUAAUGCAGUUCUGAGUGGCUUGAAAUGUACAGAAUGUUUUGAAAGCGCUUUAUUAAGAAUUACACGAAAAUAAAUGUAUUAAAAUUAAAUUCAUUCUCUUAUUGGUGACUUACGGAAAUAAAGCAUUCAGUAUUGGA